AUGCCUCGACCGAUAGAGCCCUCUCUGCGAGGGAAUGUGCAAUAUCAACGGCUGCAAGCAUCCAUUAAACUCUUUGGCGCCAUGCUGCUGGUCUUCUUUACCGUGGCUUUCACUGCAGCCGUCCUGCGACUACCGUUGCCGAGGGUCUUGGAAUUGCUUACCCGCUGGGGACCGGGCGGCGCGGAACAGUACGAAGAAAUGAUUUCCAUCAUCUACAUCGUUUGGGGCUACUUUCUCCUUCGGGCGGCCGACAGUCCUUUUGACCACGAACUCUUUCUCGACUUUUCUCUUCACGCCAACGUGGCUCACUUUUCGCUCAUGACUGCCAUGGCAGUGUUGAAGCUUAAACUUUUAUAUAUAUUAUUUUAA